AUGGUGUUACAAGGCAUUCGAAAGAUACAUUGGGGCACUGCGACCGAUGUCUGGUCUUUUGGCAAUGCGAUCCUGAGCCUCCCUUACGGUGGUGAUUACCAUCUUUUCAACCCUGCAAUCGAGGGACUCGCUCCAGACGAGGAUGAUUAUUUCUUUACUGUGCUCAAGCGCAUGUACAAGUUCUUUGGGCCAUUUCCUCCAUCGUACAGCGCCAAUCCAGACACGAUGAUAAUCAUGAAUUUCUUCAAUAACUCUGGGGCGCCUGAGAAGCCUUUUCACUUGGUCACGACCACAGAGAUACCGGCUGCAGAGAAGGAAUUCAUUCUCAAAGUCAUGAAGCUGGACCCGAGGGAAAGGCCGACGGUGGAGGAGCUACUAGACGAUGAACUGUUCACGGAAAGCAAUGGCGAGUACACCGAACGCAUCGCCUCUUACUGGUGCAACAGCGCAAAAGUGCAUCCAGCAUGUAUUUUGCGGCCACGCUCCGCCCUCGAGGUCGCAGCCGCCGUAAAGGCCCUCGCCGUCGCAGACCAGCUUUUUGCCGUCCGCGCUGGAGGCCACGGCAACGCCGCCAACAACAACAUUAACGGCGGAGUGACUAUCGAUCUGGGCCUGCUCAACACCACUGAGUAUGAUGUUGACGCGGAAACGGCAAGUAUCGGCCCUGCUGCCAACUGGAAGUACGUCUAUGAGGAGCUUGAGAAGCACGGGCGCGUUGUGGCUGGCGCCCGCGUGGCUGAUGUCGGUGUCGGGGGGUUCCUGCUUGGUGGCGGCAACACUUUCUACACUGGACGUCAUGGUUUCGCCUGCGAUAAUGUUGUGGCUUAUGAGGUGGUCUUGGCUGACGGGAGUAUCAUCACCGCCGACGCCGGGGGCCCACACGCCGACCUAUUCCGCGUGCUCAGAGGCGGCGGCAACAACUUCGGCAUUGUCACUCGCUUCACCAUGUCCACCCUGCCGAGUGGUCCCAUUUGGGGAGGGUUUGCGGUGCGGCCCCUGAGCGUCUUGCCAGCUGCGGCCGAGGCUAUAGUUGAUUUCACUGCCAAUUCCCCGAGUGACCCUGACAGCACCCUCAACUUCACAAUGGCUCAUAUGCCUCGUCUUGGAGGCGGCGCUGUGGUAACUAUCUGUACUAACGUGGCUAGGGUGGAGGACCCUGCUGCGUUCGCACAAUUCCAGAAGAUGUCUGAGGUGGUCAACAAUCUGAAAAUGACAGCUCUGCAAGAGAUCCUUGUCUACGCCUCUCUUCCACCCAACUACUAUAAUGUUUGGUACACGUUGUGCAUUAAGAAUGAUGCUUCUAUCAUUAAAAAGGCAAGCGAGCUCUAUACCCAACUAGCAACUGAGGUAGGAGACAAGAUUUUGGAUGGAGACUUCACGACACACUGCUCCUUCCAGCCGAUGCCAAGGAUGAUCGCCCAGCAUUCGGCAGCUGCCGGCGGUAACAUGUUCAACCUCGACAAGUAUGCACAUGACGCUAUUUUGAUCCAGGUGAACGCCAGUGUGCGCACUCAGGAAUUGGCAACGUGGGCUCAGCCACGCGUCCGUGCCUUCGUCGCUGAUCUGCGCGGUUAUGCGGAGACCGUUGAGAGUGGAGUCUGUCCAUGGCUAUACAUCAAUUAUGCGCAUCCAGAACAGGAAGUGCUUCAGUGUUAUGGCGAGGAGAAUCUGCGCAAGAUGAGGGAAGCGGCCGCCAAGUAUGAUCCCAAAGGAGUCUUUCAGCGACUUUGCCCGGGAGGUUUCAAGUUGUUCACAGUGAAGGACGAGGGCAUAUAG